CAUAAAAUUGCGAGCGAUGAGCGGAGGCAGAGCAGUCCAGCUCCAGCGCGUCGCGCAGCCCCUAGCAGGCUGGGAUUGCUACAGGCGCCAGGCAGGACUCGCUGGCAGAUUAUGGUUGUGCUAUUCCUGGGGCCAGGCCUACGAGUGCACCACUGCCGCGCGGGGGCUACGGGCUUGCAAGGCGGCCGUGCUCGCAGCUCGGGUUUAUGGUGCCCCGUGCCCGUUCAAGGAGCAGCGUUGAUCCCUGCGGCUCAGGGCAGAGAAGAAUAGCCGCUGGAGAGCUGCACUGCCCUGGCCACUGACGCUAUGGAAGACCGCAUCCGCUGGUCUAGUCUAUAGAAUGGUAGCGCACAGUAAGGUGGCAGCAGAUAAUGCAGUUGCAGCAGACCCAAGAUGUCGACUUGACCCUCCAGCACGGGAUCAUUCUCGGCCUAGAGGUUACCAUGGCCCGGCUCGGUCCAACACUGGGCAGGCGCAGAGCGACACACACUUCCGAACUUUCCGCUCACAGGCGGAUUUCAGUAGCAUCACCCGAGCGAGUGCCCUGCUGGAUGCAUGUGGCUUCUACUGGGGUCCACUGACUGUCAGCGCAGCCCACGAGAAGCUGAAAUCUGAGCCUGAGGGCACCUUCCUCAUCAGGGACAGCAGACAAAAAAAUUGCUUCUUUGCCAUCAGUGUUAAGACUGCUACUGGGCCCACCAGCAUCCGAAUAAACUUCCAGGCUGGGCGUUUCAGCCUGGAUGGCAGCAAGGAGAGUUUCGACUGUCUCUUUAAGCUACUGGAACAUUAUAUAAGCUCCCCGAGGAAGGUGCUGGUCACCCCACUACGCAAAGUCCGUUUACGGCCAUUGCAGGAGCUCUGCCGGAAAAGCAUUGUGGCAACAUUCGGGAGAGAGAAUUUAAACCACAUCCCUCUCAAUCCAGUUUUAAAGGGCUACCUGAAAUCCUUCCCAUUUCAGAUAUAAAUACAGCAUUAACUGUGCGCGUGUGUGUGUGAGAGAGAGAGAUGUGAAGACAUCUGGGUUUUUUAAUCUAUUUGGGAGUGACCAAAUUUAUUUUUGUAGCAACUUACUGUAUUUUGUGAUGGAACCUGAACACUUGACUUCUUAUGUUUACACAAACUGUUUGCACAAACCCAGGGUUUUUAAACUCUGGCAUUAUUUUUCUGCUGGGCAGAAUAUUCUAUUUUAUAAUAUUUCUAAUGAAAAUAAUGUA